AUGAUAUACGAGGUUCCGACUCAUCGUGAACUUUCCUUCUCCACACUAUUGACGAAAAUGGAGCUUUCUUCCAGUACCCCCCUGCAGAUGUGGGAUGUGUUUUGCCUGGCCCACAACCAGAGCACUGCAGUUCUCGAGUGUUCUCUCUCUUCUCCCACGACGUAUUUUUGGUAUCGUAAGGCUCUUGACAUCACAGACUCCAUCGAGGACCCCGUGACCUUUAACCCCAUGAUGACAGGGUGUCUGCUGGCUGCCUGGACCAUAGUGUGCCUGGCCAUGAUCAAGGGGAUCCAGUCUUCAGGGAAGAUCUGGCUCGACGUGCAGGUGUGGCGCCAGGCUCUCACGCAGGUCUUCUUCGCUCUGGGACUCGGGUUCGGGAGCCUCAUCGCGUACUCCAGCUACAACCCGCGCGGGAACAACUGCCACCGCGACGCCAUCCUCGUCUCCAGCGUCAACUUCCUCACCUCGCUGCUGGCAUCGCUCGUUGUGUUCGCUGUGCUGGGGUUCCGCGCCCACGCCCUCGCCCAGAACUGCGUGCAGCGGAACGUGCUACAGUUGUCCCAGUUGCUGUUGAAUGGCUCAUUGUCCCAGGAGCUGGCUCCCCAGUUCAAUGUCACUGGAGGAGAGGUGUCAGUGAGCCAGUACAGGCACUGGUUUGAGCAGCAGGGGGCGCUGCUGCAGGCAGGGUUGCUGGAGCCCUGCGACCUGCAGGAGGAGAUGAGCAAGGGUGUGGAAGGCACCGGUCUCGCGUUCAUUACCUUCACUGAGGCGAUGGCUCUCUUCCCAGCCUCUCCGUUCUGGUCCUUCCUGUUUUUCCUGAUGCUGUUGAAUCUGGGAUUGAGCACGAUGUUCGGAACGAUGCAGGGAAUCCUCACCCCGCUGAUCGACCACUUCUCUGCUCUGAGGAAGAGACGCAGCCUCUUCACAGUGUGUUCCUGUGUGCUGGGGUUCCUGUUAGGGAUGACGUUUGUUCUUCGCUCCGGUAGUUAUUUUGUCUCGAUGUUUGAUGAUUACUCUGCGACCCUGCCUCUGGUCAUCGUCGUUCUGUUUGAGACAGUCGGGGUGUGCUGGGUCUACGGGACAGAGCGGUUUAUGAAUGAUAUUGAAGGCAUGCUUGGUUGGAGACCCCCUAUUCUCUAUAAGUUUCUCUGGCAGUUUGUUUGUGUCGCUUCGCUGGUGGUGCUUCUGCUGGCCAGCCUGAUCCAGAUGUGUGUGCAUUCUCCGACCUACCGGGCCUGGGACCAGGAGAAGGCUGUGGAGGUGUCCCGGGACUAUCCUGGCUGGGGUUUAGGAAUGCUGGUUGGCCUCAUCCUGCUGGCCAGUCUCCCGAUCCCGGUCCUGUUUCUCCAGGAGUUGAUCCGCGAGAGAGGGGACCCCGAGCAGCCAGCCUCCCUGAGGUGCCCGCCCCCCGAAACACACAGCAACAGCGGUCCGGAGCCCCACGUAGCCCAGCUAUUGGAGCAAAGCCGUCGGGGGGCCGGUGCCCGGCACAAUGACUUCCUCUCAUUGGAGGAGGAGGAGGAGUACAGGCUCCUCCCACGGGAAGAGGAGGGGCUUGAGGAGUACAGGCUCCUCCCACGGGAAGAGGAGGGGCUUGAGGAGUACAGGCUCCUCCCACGGGAAGAGGAGGGGCUUGUAGAGUACAGGCUCCUCCCACAGGAAGAGGAGGGCCUUGAGGUGGAAGGGAGCUUUCAGAGGACGGCCACUACAGGAUUAUAGACACACCCAGAGAGGGGGAAAAAAAGGGAAAUGUGUUUAUUUGCCAAUAAUAUAUUUCUAUAUAUAUAUUUUUGUAUUUAUAAAUCUCCUUGACGCUGAAAGAACUACAAACAUGGAGCCUGGCAGCUUGGGUUUUCUGUCCGUGCCACCAUAUUGAUUGUAGUUUUUAUUACAGCUGUUGUGCUGUGUUGGGUUUGUAGCCAACUGGACAUUCAAACAGUAAGAACUACAAACAUGGUGGCCAGAUAUAUAAGGGCUUCUGUUAGUGCCGCCAUGUUUGUAGUUUCUAACUGCCUUGGACUGUUGUUUAGCUCAGCAGGACUACAAACUUGGCAUCCGUCUGCUGUGUUUUCAGUGGGUGCAGCCAUCUUGAGUGUAGUUUAUUAUUGUAUUUACUAAACUCUGCCCUCUAGUAGAUUAGAGUCCAGAAGAGACUGAGAGAGAAAGUCAAGUUAGCAGAGAAACAUUUCAACGCCUUCGUCAUCCAGAACUGCACUGGAUCAGAAACUCCAAACCAGAAGAGACUGAGAGAGAAAGUCAAGUUAGCAGAGAAACGUUUUA